AUGUCCCUAUCGCGAUCGCCCUCGCCCAGACCCGGGGGAGGAUGGUCUAGUCCGGGCCUAACCACCGGCUCCAGGAACAGCGGCGCGUCCACUCCGCGCAAGGGCUAUGAGGACGCUCAUGGCGUGCAUAUGAACGGCUUUGGCCCCGCUGGACCCCAUGCUGCGUCGUGGGCGGCCGCCAAGGCAAAGAGUGACCACGUCCGUAAAUAUCCUUCGUUUUCGACCAGAAACAAUGGCUUUUUUUCGAGGCAGCGUCGAAGAAUCUCAGCCAGUCUGCCCCGAUUUCGAAUGAACGGCAUGUACGGAGAGAAGGAGAAGCUGGGUCGCGGACGAUGGAGCCCUGGUGGUGCGUCAAUGUUGAGCCGGAUCAAAACACUUGCAGGAAACCUUCUACGACGCAAACGAACACAACUACUACUGCUUUUAAUAUUAAUGUUUGUUUUCUGGCUCUUUCUUUCACAGCCCAUCUAUGAGGCAUAUCGUAGAUCUUCCCUGGGGGGAGGUAAAAAAAUUGUGCUAAUUGUCGCAUCGAAUCUUGGUGGAGGCGUCAUGGAAUGGAAAGGAGCGCGAGAAUGGGCCAUUGAGCGAGACAGUUUGCGCAACAAGAGAAGAUAUGUCCAACGCCAUGGGUAUGAGCUGGAAAUCGUGAACAUGGUGACGAAAAAGCGCUAUGCCCACGAGUGGCGUGAAAGCUGGGAGAAAGUUGACACAAUUCGCUCAGCACUCCGGAAAUACCCCAAAGCAGAAUGGUUCUGGUGGCUAGAUCUUCAUACCUUCAUUAUGGAGCCCUCGUUAUCCGUGGAGAAUCAUAUUCUGAAAGAUCUGGUAAAGAAGACGUAUCGCGACAUCAAUAAUUACAACCCUCUAAACAUCACCCACCCGCCUGCCAUGCCCUACCUUGAUUCAACUUCGCUCUCUGUCGAUGGCGAUGGCAAAGAAUCCUCUAUCAACAUGAUUGUUCCUCAGGAUUGUUCUGGUUUCAACCUUGGUUCCUUCAUGCUGCGCCGCAGCGCUUGGUCGGACCGCCUGCUCGAUAUCUGGUGGGACCCGGUUCUCUACGAACAAAAACACAUGGAAUGGGAGCACAAGGAACAGGACAGUUUGGAACACCUCUACACCCACCAGCCAUGGGUCCGGUCGCACGUCGCCUUCGUCCCACAGCGUCGCAUGAACUCGUUUCCUCCGGGCGCGUGUGGCGACGGGAGCAACUUGGGCAUCCACUACCAGGAAAAGGACCGAGAUUUCCUUGUGAAUAUGGCUGGCUGUGAAUGGGGAAGAGACUGUUGGGGGGAGAUGUAUCAGUACCGGCAGCUCAGCAACCGACUGAACAGGAACCCAUGGGAGAAAUUCAAGGAUGGAAUCUCGGAAAAGUGGAAGAAAACCUUUGGUAAAAAGGAGAAAAAGGAAAAAGAAAAGGAGAAAUCGAAAAAGUCAUGA